UUACGAUCGGCUUUACUCACUGGAAACAACCUCCGGUAACCUUCCGCCACACACACACACACACACACACAUAUGGUCGGUCUACCUCUUCUCCCGCAGACGGCCAAGGCGCCGCCGCCGAUGAAGAUGACCGUUUUUCGGCAUACUUUUUUUUCUUUUUUCUGUCGGUAUAAUCCGGCUGGGGGAUUUUAAUGCCUGAGCUAACCGUCCUCCAUCUAGCACUACUCUCGGGUAGUUUGCCGAGUGUGUCUUUAGACGACGAGCUGCGGCACGGGGCUGUAUUAAUACGCAAGGUGUGCCUCGGUGGUCUUUCCCAGCCCCUCUCUGGAUGCAUCCAGCUCCUCUGCCCCCGGGCCCUGGACCCGGUGUGUGACCCCGCCGCCCUCGCCGCUCUCCCCCUCGCCGACCCGCGCCUUCCCGCCUCCCGUCCUCUGCCCCGAGGCGGGGGGGCGCGGCGCCAUGGUGGCCUCCCGUCGACGCGAGCCCCUCGCCAUGAGCGGCGAGACCCCCUCGGAGGGCAGGGUCCCGCAGCCCGACUGCACCCCGCACCACUUCAAACCCUUCAGCUCGCACGCGCACUACCUGCAGGUGAUGCGCGCGUUGGGUAAACUCCAGGAGAGCGGCUUCUACUGGGGCGCGGUGGGGGGCCGCGAGGCCAGCUCCCUCCUCCGCUCGGAGCCCCCCGGGACCUUCCUGAUCCGGGACUCGUCGGACAACCACCACUUCUUCACGCUGUCGGUGCAGACGUCGCGCGGCACCAAGAACCUCCGCGUCCACAGCGAGGUCAGCGGCUUCUUCCUGCAGCCCGACGCGCAGUGCCCCCAGGAGCCGCCGCGCUUCGACUGCGUGCUCAAGCUCAUCGCGCACUACAUGGGGAAGGGCCCCGCCGCACGGAGCGCCGAACCCGGCUCCGGCCGCACCGUCUAUCUGAUCCACACCGGGGGCGAGCGGAUCCCCCUGGAGCUCCGGCGGCCCCUCUUCAACUCCCUGUCGUCCCUGCAGCACAUGUGCCGGAGGACCCUGAACAACCAGGGCCUGGGUGGGGCCGAGCAGCUGCCGCACACACUCAAAGACUUCCUGGAGGAGUACGACGCCCCCAUAUGACCGCAGGGCUCGGACCGGUCGGCGGCGGGGGACUAGACUGAAAGAAGAGGUAAAACGGUCAACCUUCUCCUGAUGACUGACUUAGACGCCGAGCGGAGCCUCGUAGAAGACUAACAAAAAGAAAGUGUCUCGUAUGCGUGUGUUCAUACAUGACCAAACUCGACCUGUUCUUUUUAUAAAAAAAAAAAAAAAAAAAAAACUCAAAACCGGCUGCAAAAAUACACCA